UCCGAGCCGCGGAGGACACAUACAGCACUAGAAGAAAAACCGAAAAUCGUCACCUCGAUCGCGCAACGGAAACGCGAACUCGAAAUGCUUCUCUCCCGCACGAAACCGGAUCUUGCAGUGACGCACGCGGGCGGCUCGUCGAUAGCCCUCGCGGCCGACGGGAAAGUGCCAUCACUCGAGGAAUUCCUCGCUCGACGAGAUUUCAGCGGGGCUCACGCUUACCUGGAGUUUCAACGCUCAUCCGGUAAGAGCACACUUGAAUCCGAUCUGUGGGUCGCAUAUUGCGCAUUUCACCUGGGCAACUACAAGCAAGCCUCCGAGGAAUAUCACAAGAUCCUGAAGCGUAAAAACGCACCGAAAGAAUGUUGGACCUACUUGGCUUGCUGUCAAUUCUAUCUAGGCCUCUACAAGGAGGCCGAGAAGUCGGUUGGCAAAGGCGUAAGCGGUGAUUUGCAGAAUCGUAUACUCUUUCAUCUGGCACACAAGUUCGGGGACGAGCAGAAACUCAUGACACACCAUCAGCAGCUACAGGAUAUUCUCCAGGACCAGCUUUCCUUGGCGUCGAUUCACUACUUGCGAAGUCAUUACCAGGAAGCGAUCGAUGUAUACAAGCGAAUUCUUCUCGACAACCGGGAAUUCCUCGCGCUGAACGUUUACGUGGCACUCUGUUACUAUAAGCUCGACUACUACGACGUGUCGCAGGAGGUCUUGGCCGUCUACCUGCAACACCAUCCCGACUCGGCGACAGCCAUCAACCUCAAGGCUUGCAAUCACUUCCGUCUGUACAACGGCAAAGCGGCUGAAGCCGAACUGGGCCAUCUGCAGGAGUUGGCCUCGCCUUCUUUCUCCUACGCCAAGGAUCUGAUCCGACACAAUAUGGUGGUUUUCAGGAGCGGCGAGGGCGCACUUCAGGUGUUUCCGCCACUGAUAGAUAUUAUCCCCGAAGCACGGCUCAACCUCGUCAUCUACUACCUGAAGCAGGACGACAUUCAAAGCGCCCACGCGCUGAUCAAGGACCUCGAGCCGAGCGUCCCGCACGAAUACAUCCUGAAGGCGGUCGUCAACGCAGCGGUCGGUCAGGAACAAGGCGCCUAUCUUCUGCAGCGGGAGCAUCUCAAAGUGGCUCAGCAGUACUUCCAACUGGUCGGCGGAUCCGCGACCGAAUGCGAUACCAUUCCCGGCAGACAGUGCAUGGCUUCGUGUUUUUUUCUCCUGAAACAAUUCGAUGACGUCUUGUUGUACCUGAACUCUAUCAAGAGUUACUUCUACAACGACGACACGUUCAACUUCAACUACGCUCAGGCGAAAGCGGCCACCGGCGCCUACAAGGAGGCAGAGGAUCUAUUUCUCCUCGUCCAGAACGAAAAAAUCAAAGCCGACUACGUCUACCAGAGCUGGCUGGUGAGAUGCUACAUCAUGAACAAGAAACCCCUCCAGGCCUGGGAGAUGUACGAGCGGCUGCAAGACUCCGCCGAAUCUUUCAGUCUCUUGCAACUCAUAGCGAACGAUUGCUACCGGAUGGGACAGUUCAUGACGUCACUCAAAGCGUUCGAGCAGCUGGACUCCAUCGACCCAAACCCCGAAUACUGGGAGGGCAAACAGGGCGCUGCUCUCGGCACGCUUCAAAAGGUCAUAGCGGGCCACGAGCCCAAAGAAUCCCUGUCGGUUGUUUGGCAAAUCUUGCGUAAAAGCAACAAACCGCACGCCGAGCCUAUUUUGAAAGCUUUGCAGACGUGGGCGAAAGAGAAUCGAGUUUCGCUACAGACCUGA